ACCCUGCUGGCACGUGCUUCUGAUCUGCCUCACGCGCAGAGAAAACACCAGGAUGAGUUCCUCUCUCCCGAAAAGCGAGUCUACCACGUCUCUUCUCCGCUCUCACGGCCAGGGGCUGAACCAGCGUGGUGCGGCUGUAGGAAGGGAGUCUACUGCACGGACUGAAACUGAGACCGAAACUAGCUCCAGGAGACCACUCUGUCAACCUCUGCGCGGGGCGCAGCGUGCGCAGAGGAUGGGCGACACUUUUACUCAAAGUCGGAAGGAGAAAGACCGGGGUAAAAGUUCAAGAUCCAAGCAGAACACAUCACACCAUCAGCAGGGCAGAAAGCCCUCCCCAUCCACCCAGCCCAAGAACCAGGACGAUGCCGCUUUCCUGUUCGAGCCCAGUCGGCGGGAGCAGAUGCUCCCCCGCGGCUCAUCAUCCAGCAUCAACUCCACAGACCCCCCAACGGCCAGUGCACCUGUGCGUCAUAACGCGCACGGCCGGACGGGCAAGAGGCUGAGCGCAACACUCUCAGAGUAUGACUCCACGCUUCACCCCAUCGUCAAGUCUGUAUUUGGACAGGACCGAGAGUUAAGACCAGAAGAAAUGGAUGAGCUGCGUGAGGCAUUUCGAGAAUUUGACAAAGACAAAGAUGGAUUCAUUGGGUGCAAAGACCUUGGUAACUGCAUGAGAACUAUGGGCUACAUGCCAACAGAGAUGGAGCUGAUUGAGCUCAGCCAGCAGAUCAACAUGAACUUGGGAGGUCAUGUGGACUUUGAAGACUUUGUUGAACUCAUGGGACCUAAGCUUUUGGCUGAAACGGCAGAUAUGAUUGGUGUAAAGGAGUUGAGAGAUGCAUUUAAAGAGUUUGACACAAAUGGGGAUGGAAUGAUCAGCACAGCUGAACUGCGUGAGGCAAUGAAAAAGCUUUUGGGACAACAGGUUGGUCACAGAGAUCUAGAGGACAUCCUCAGAGACAUUGACCUCAAUGGAGAUGGCCAUGUAGACUUUGAAGAAUUUGUGCGGAUGAUGUCUCGAUGAGCAGAAGAGACAUGACAACCUCUUAAUGCUUUAUUUAACCUCAGCAAAAGGGACUACUUACUAAACAUAUCAGACCUGCCUGGAGACUGCCACGCCAGGAGCACACUGUUGACCUGAUGCUGCUGCUGUUUUGUAGACCUUAAACUGGAUUUGGGCUUCACAGAUUAUAUUUAUAUACAGUAUAUUAGUGUUACUUGUCAUACUGGGUAAUUGAAAAAUUACUUCACCAUUUGGUGCAAUACAACUGUAGCAAUCCUGAGCAUAUGGCAGCACUAUGCCAGCAAAAGCCUUUAAAUAAUAGCAUGCAACUAUUUUAUGAAAUCAAGAUGUAAAGCACAAACAUAGAGGCAAUACUAAAACAACUUAUGCUGUGCUGUGAGAUCUGUGUGUUUGUGCAAUGUUGUCUCUCUUCACAUUCCACUAUAAUGUUUAGGUAGGAUUUUUUUGUUGUGGUGUAGCAACCAUAAUGUUUAAGCAACAUUAAGACUGUCUUACUGUGCUAAAUGUGUAAAAUAUGUAGUAAUUCAUAUUUAUGAGGGUUCUGAUAUACUCUUAUUUAACUUUAAACAUACCUAUAAAUAUGUUUUAUUAGGUUUAAGAAAUAAUGUUUACUGGGCUAACCCAAGGGAUACAGCAGGCCUAGCCUAACAGAAGGGCUAUGCCCUUUACCUUAAUUGAAAAUAAGAAGCAAUAAGCUAAGCUAUAAAAUAGCUUCUUCAAUGCUAAAAGCCAAAGAAAGUUUACAUAUCUUUAGAAAUCAUGGAUUUCAGUAAAAAUCUAAGCAUUACUGUGGCAGCUGAAUUGUGUAUGACCAUACGGGGUGAUUUAAAUUUACCUAUUACAUAACCUAAAGGGAAAUCUUUCUAUAUCGUUUUACAUACAGUAUCUGUGGAACUAUGCAUGCAAUGAACAAUGCAG